CAACACACACAUGAAUGAGGAAGAGAAAUGAACAAGGCUUUUGUUUAGAGUAAUAAACAAAUGAUGUGAUGUUGAAUGACAAAUGAGAGCAGAUAUUAAUCACACAGUCGGAAGCUGCAGACAUCAGACUCAGCACAGAAACACACAACCUCUAAAAUUAGCGUCUUCAGAAAUGGACCAAACUCCGUAUUUCAUUCUUCUUCACAUUGCUCUCUGCUCCGUAUCUGAAUGUGUUCCACGUCAGUAUCACUUUAUAAAUGAGAACAAGACCUGGACUGAAGCUCAGAGAUACUGCAGAGAGAAUUACACAGAUCUGGCCACCGCUGACAACAUGAACGACAUGAACGAGCUGAACAAGAGCGUGGAUAAUGGACGUGUUCAGUAUGUCUGGAUUGGGCUGCAGAAGACGGGUCGUAAUACAUGGCAGUGGCCUUCAGGUGAACCUGCGCUCGAUCUGGACUGGGGUGAAAAACAACCAGAUGGCAGAGACAAUUGUGCCAUGAUGCGGAAUGGAAAAUUGCAUGAUUUGCCAUGUAAUGAUACCCGACAUUUCAUCUGCAACAACAGGCUUGUCUUUGUCAAUCAGAUGAUGAACUGGACAGACGCUCAGAGUUACUGCAGACAGAAUAACACUGAUCUGGUCAGUGUGAGGAACCAGAAUGAGAGUCAACAGGUUCAGAAGAUCAUUAGUGAUAGACAGUUAUCUGGAUCUGAUGUCUGGAUCGGUCUGUUCAGAGACACGUGGCAGUGGUCAGAUCAGAGUAACUCCUCAUUCAGGUACUGGGCUCCUGGUCAACCUAACAUUAAUAGAGAUGGUGAAAACUGUACAGUCAUCAAACACAACUCUCAGGGACGAUGGCAUGACAGCUCUUGCACCAACCAUUUGCCUUUUGUGUGUCAUGAAGAUAAACUGAUUGUGAUCAGAGAGAAUCUGACGUGGUCUGAAGCUCUGAGAUACUGCAGACAGAAUCAUGUGGAUCUGGUCUCGGUUCUUUCAGAAGAGAUUCAGUAUGAGGUGGUGAACGUGGUUAAACGGGCGUCUACUGCGGAGGUGUGGAUGGGUUUACGUCACUCCUGCACGGUGGGCAUCUGGUUCUGGGUGAGUGGAGAGACUGUGUGCUAUCAGAACUGGGCUCCAGGGAACAGCACAUCAGCGGAGGACUGUGAAGACGCAGUGAGAUCUGGAGCAGUUCAGUCUGGAGGAGAUCAGCGCUGGAUCAGCCGUCCUGAACACCACAAACUCAACUUCAUCUGCAGCAGCUAUUAAGAGUGAAAGGAGUGGGUGAUUCCUAUGGGGUCUUCAGCGGUAUGUCAUCUGGGCUUACUACACAUGCGCCCGCUGCAGUUAUGGCUGAAAUCUCGAGUCCCUUGGACGGCGUGGACUUCGGGCCGUCUGAGCAUCGCGGUCUCCCGCGGCUGCAUCGAAGCUCUGAGGCAGUGGCGCAACCCAGAUCU